AUGGCACACACCUUUGACAAUCGAAAUUUCGUUUCUGAUAAACAGCAAACAUUUUAUUCUGCUGUUCCACCAUUAUCAUCAUCAUCACGACAAUCAACAUCAAGGCUGAAUGAUCCUCUACUAUCCUAUGAAAAUAGUAGUUUGAAUAAACCUUUAAGUAAUCAACAAAAUUUCAAACCAUUAUUUCAUUCACCAUCAACAUCGAAUGAUUCAACUUAUCAUCAAAGACAACAAACAUUAGCAGAUGAUUAUUUUAAAUUUUCAUCAGAAGAUCAUAGUUCUGAUACAAAACUACCACCAUCUAAUCGUAUAUCACGUAUAACAUCAACAGCAAAUAAUAAUUAUAUUCGUCGUACAAAUGUUUCACCUCAAUAUUCACCGAACGGAAUGAAGACAAGUACCACUUAUUUAAAUACAACUCAAGUUUAUAUAACUCAACCAUCAUUACGAGAUGAUCCACCACCUCCACCACCACGUUGUCCUCUUCAACCUCCUGCUAUUCCACCACGAAAUUUAUCAACUUAUAAUCAAAAAAAUUCAAUAACUAUUCCUGAUUUUAAUUCAUCUAUAUCACCAAAAAUAAUUUAUCGAUCACCUGUUAUACCAUCAAUAGUAAAACAAAAUGAUUUUAAUGAUAAUCAUUUACUUGAAAAUCAAUUUAAAUCAUUGUCAAUUGAUAAUAAUCAUCUUAUUCAAGAAACAACAAAUGAAUCAACUGUCGGAGAAUAUUUCGGUGUAUGUUGUAAAUGUGGUGAGACAAUAACAAAUUUAGAUGAUCCAUGUGAUAUACUUGGUCAAAUUUAUCAUAGUUCUUGUGCUGUUUGUGUUUUAUGUAGACGAUCUGUAAAAAAUAAACAUUUUUAUUUUGUUCAAGAUCAAUUAUAUUGUGAAGAAGAUUUUUUGUAUACUGGUUUUUAUGAAACACUUGAACAUUGUGUUGCUUGUGGUCAUUUAAUUACUGAUACAAUUGUACAAGAAUGUGGACAAUCGUAUCAUGUAACAUGUUUUAAAUGUUCAAAAUGUUCGAUUUGUUUGGAUGGUGUACCAUUUGUGAAAGAUGAAAAUCGAAAGCUUUUUUGUUUACAUGAUUAUCAUAUAACUUAUGGACCACGUUGUGAUAAAUGUUCGAAACCAAUUUGUCCUGAAGAUGACUCAAAUGAAACUGUGCGAAUUAUUUCAAUGGGUAAAACUUUUCAUAUUCAAUGCUAUCAAUGUGAAGAUUGUUCGAUGCAACUGGGCGAUGAGCAAGAUCGUCGUUGUUAUCCAUUAGAUGAUACAUUACUUUGUCAAGGAUGUUGCCAUCGACGUCUUAUUUCUCAUAAUAAAUUUUGA